GCCACAGCGUAAUCAACAUCAGGGAGCGCAGUUUAAAUUUUUCAAUGUAAUUUAUUUCAAUUAUUAUUAUUAUUAUUUUUUUUAAAUAGUGGAAAGUGGAAGUUCGCGUACUACUCUCAGUUUUUGCGUCGUUUUUUCAUUUAUUUCGUUCUCUUCAAAGUUGCCUUGCAUCCAUUCGCGCUAUUUUUCGAUUGUUUUCUAUAUAAAGAUGCGCUAGACGGACCUCUUUGAUCGUUGCGUCGCAUCUCGUUACGCAAAACCGCCGCAUUUUUAAGACGCGAGUGUGCAGUUAAAAAGAACUUCAGCUGUUAGGGGCCGUUCACAAAACGGGCGUUAUCACGGACGUCUUUGAGCGUCACGCUUUUUUCAACGUCUCGCGUUUUUCUAGACGCUGUGUCAAAUUAAAAAUAUCUGCAACCGUUAAAAACACGUCUAGAGACACCUGCGUUCGUUUUAGCGCAAGAACGCGUUCCUUGGGAACGGCCCCUUAGAUCUUCAAGUCGCCACUGUCGCCUUCAUAGUUCUCAAAUGCCUAUGUAGACUUGGCAAGGAGUCACUGAGCUGAUGAAGACCCAUUUAAAUACGUGUGCAGCUCAUGCUGCUUAAAACUUUGGGAAAAGAAAGAAACUUUUUGAGGCGGAAAAAAGUCGAAUGCAUAGUUUGGGCACAAGACAAGCCCUCAUAUGCUCUCAUAAUGGCCAUGCAUUUGGUUAUUUGUGCUGUGCUGGUCUUAAGCAUCAGACCUGGCGACUUUUUUCCUAAUUACACAUAUGACUACAUGGACGAGGACUUGGCCUCCUUUGAUUAUUACAAAGGGACGGAUGAAUUUGAUGAGAGGAACAGGACGGAGGAGUGCGACGAGUGUGCGCCGGAGCUGUGUCCGCUCACUCAGGGCUGCAGAGCGGGGCUGGUGAAGGACCGCUGCGGCUGCUGCUCUGAAUGCGCAAAUCUAGAGGGACAAACCUGUGAUCCCGGACAGAGAAAUGUGUAUUAUGGACUGUGUGGAGAGGGGUUGGAGUGCAAACUGGACAGCUCGGAUGGAGUCAAAGGAGAGGAGCAAGAACCUCGGUGUGUGUGUGCGUCUCAGAAACCUCUGUGUGGGUCAGAUGGAGAGACUUACAUGAAUCUCUGUAAGUUCAGAGAAGCUUCUUUCCUAAAGCCUGGACUUAAUAUGAGUGAUGGGCCGUGCAAGACAGUCCCCAUCAUCAAGGUUCCUCCACACAAUCUGGUAAAUGUAACAGGCAGCAGUAUAGCAUUUCUGUGUGAGGUGUUUGCAUUUCCCAUGGCUCUUGUGGAAUGGAGAAAAGACGGAAAAGAGGUCAUUUUACCUGGCGAUGAUCCCCGCAUAUCUGUUCAGUCACGAGGUGGCCCUCAGAAGUAUGAACUCUCCAGCUGGCUGCAGAUUGAAGAGGCCAGUCAGAUGGACUCUGGCACAUACAGGUGCAUCGCAAGAAAUGAGCUUGGCCACGUCUCAGCCACUGCAAUUUUAGGGGUGCUGCCACCAGAUGAGAUGACUGCCUAUAUGGAACAAAACAUGAAUGCAAUGAUGGGAUAUGACCAGUUACAGGACUAUGACAUGGAUUAUUACUAAACUUUAGAUCAGAAAAUUGACCCAAGACAAACAAAAAAUGUUUUUACUGAUUGAGACUUUACAAUUUGAGACUUGGCGAUAAGGCACUCAGGCAACAACUAUAUACAAUCCUGUAAAAAACACCCACAGGAUUUAUGUAACAUCUGGAUAAUCAAACAUGGCAAUGGAACAGGCCUCUGAGAUGGAUGAAAAACACAGAAUGAGACGAGUGGAGUAGCAAGCAGGGCAGUUCAGGAGCUAGGAAGUUCGUAUAAAGAGUGUUGGGCAUGAAUGCCUCUUUUGUUUCAUCCCCCUGUGACCUGUUGGAUAACAAAACACAGAGUGAGAAAGACAUGAGGAACUGAAGAGUGAACUUUGAGAGUGUUCCAAGUCUUCUAAAAAAUAUCAUGCUUUGUGCACAAUCCUAUCUGGAAGAACAGCACUGUUCUGCUGCUCGCUGUUCUCUCUUUUGUGUUUGGGUUUUGUCCAAUUGGCAACACAGAUUAAUUUAAAAACUCAUCCUUUUUCUAUUUGAAGCGGAAUGUAUAUCAGCCUCUGAGUUUAUGUAUGUUUCCACAUGUGGCAUCCCUCUUUUACCAGGUUCCCCUUUGAGUGUGUGUGUGUGUGUGUGUGUGUGUCUGAUUUGGGUGAGUCAGUUAAGCCCACAGCUGACUUUAAUAUACCUCUAUGAUCUCCUGUCUUUGGACAUAAAUGCAGGCGUUCUUUUCUUGUGUACUGUAAGGAUUACCCUGGCGACCACCAGGGGUAGCUAUGUUUUUUUUUUUUAUCGUUUUCUACGUGUUUUUUGUUUGAUAAUGGGUUUUGUACUUCUUUUCCUUGUCUUUGUUCAUUGGUUCUUGUGUUCAUUAGUGUCAGGUUUCCCUCGUUUCAUCAUUAGUUCUCUGUGUAUUUAAUCCCUGUGUUUUCCUCUGUUCAUUGUCUGUUCUUGUUCUGUUUAUUUCAGACUGUAAUAUAGCUAUGUGUUCUAGUUUUGCAGUUUCUCCUGUGUGUUGUAAGUGUUUGAGUUUUUUCAUUAAAGAACUGCAUUUGGAUCCAGCCUUCUUCAGCCUGCUAUUGUUACAGACCAGUGUUUCAAAAAUGAAAAAACUCAGACUGUUGUUUUUUACGUAAAUGUACAGUACAGUAAUUUCACCAUAAAAAAGACUGAUGUAGAGUCAUAUAAUACAGUAUACAAAUUUUCUUUCCAAAAACAGUAUAUGUUUAAUAAACCACAUGUAACAGCACAUGGUUUCAGGGUCCAUUUGCAUGACUUCCAUUCAGCAGUCAGCUGUUAAAGCAAUUCAGGCAAAUCAGGACUAAAUCAUUCCAAACUGUGAGCACCCUGGGACACGACGGUUUCCUCUCGUCUUAAACAACCAAACACUCCGCAAACGCAGAAGAACCAGGCCCAGAAAAAGACCUCUACCGAUGUAUCAAAUAGGCUAUGAUUAAAGGUUUUUAGGACAUACUUUACAACUACAGAGAGGGCCUCACUUCAAGGGAUAGUCCACCCAAAAAUGAAAAUUCUCUCAUGAUUUACUCACCCUUCAGGCAUCCAAUAUG